CAGUCAAUUUCCGGGGCAGGGACCUCCAUGUAAUUUUCGCGGGAUCAUUCAUUCAUUUUUCAUUUUUAUCCGUUUAAUUUCCUAUUUUCCCCCCCACGCACCCCCUCAUAAAUCAUAAUCAUGACUAAUGAUGGUGAUCGCCAUCAUCUGAUGUCCAUCACCUCCUCCUCCUGUUCCUCUUUCUCCAUCCUCAAUUCCACCGUAACCAGUGUACCAUCACACGAGGGAUUGAUUGAUAUUUGCUUGAGGAAUCAGGAUUUUCGGUGUUACUGAGCUCUAGUUACUGGUAUGAUCAAGUUGGAAACUUAAUGUGAUAUCGAGAUUUGUUCUCCUGAGAAUGGCUGCCAUGGGGAAUUCAUCUGUUAGGCUGAGAAAUCAUCGGAGAUUUAUGACUCUCUUAACUUCUGCAGCUUGUGAAUGGUUCCUCAUAUUUAUGCUGUUUGUUGAUGCUACUCUGUCAUAUUUGCUAACAAAAUUUGCGCAUUACUGCAAUUUGCAAACACCAUGUCUGCUGUGCUCUAGGAUUGAGCAUGUUUUUGGGAUAAAUAAACAUGGAUACUAUCGGAGUUUAUUAUGUUGCAAUCACAGAGAAGAGAUAUCAUCUUUAGUGUACUGUCACAACCAUUGUAAACUUGCUGAUGUUGAUACCACGUGUGAAGACUGUCUCAUGUCGUUGGCUAGGAGGAACAAAUCUAAUUCAGAAUCGUGCCGGUUUUUGGUUGCGAAACUAGGGGUAGAUACUGAUGAAUCUGGUCUGAAGAGCCUUCUUUUGAACAAGAGUGUCAUCUCUGAUUCUUCAGGUCCAAGGACCUGCUCUUGUUGCAACAAGAUAUUAAGGGUUAAAUCAAAUGCUCAAAGGUUGCUCGAGGUCGCCCCAGUUGGAUAUGGCGCUUCUAAAGCCAAUGUCAAACCUCCAUUACCUCGUGUGCCAGGUCGUAGUCGUUUCAGCCGUCGUGAUAGCCUGAAGAGAUUAAGGGAUAAGUUUUCAGGGCCAUCGGCCCCUUGUCCUGGUGGGAGUACUUGUGUUGACUCUCUGUCUCACGUGGGUUACACAGAGUUGAAGAUUACUUCUGAUUCAGAGUCAGAGGUCCCAUUUUCUGAUGAUGACGAUGCAACUUCAACAUCUCAUGGAAACAAUAAUUUUGGGGCAGAAUCUAACAUCCAAUUGGUUACAAGAAAAGUGCCUAAGGCACUAGCAGGUGAUUCAAUUCCAGUAAACCAGAAUUGCCAAACUCCUGAACCAUUGCCUUCACUUCUUGAUCAACCCGUGCAGCUUGAAUCAAGUGAGGCCAACCAUGUUGGUCACUUGGAAUCAGGUGCUUUUAUGAAGCAUGGUUUGGAAGAACUUAAUUGGAUACAAUCCAAUCCAAAGCCUACUACUUCUGCUGCAUUGCCAGAGCUUGUUUCAUUGGAUGAUAUUCCCCAGUCAGUAGAGACGGACAAGCCAAUUGCUGCUUUCCCACAACCUUCCGACCUGUCUAUACUCUCCGAGCUUCUUUCACUUAACAGUGUUCUUUCAUCAUCCAAUGUCGUGAAAAUUUCUGAGAAGUCGGCAGAGGCAACAGGCUGCAGUGUGAAUGGGAACAGCUCACUUGCUAAGCACAAAAUAGGAGCAGGAUUUACAGAUGAUUGUAAUCCUACAAUGUCCAGGAAUGUCAACUCAGCCAACAAAUCAGCUUCUACUAAUAAACAAAAACCGGAACCUGAUGUCCUUGCAGAGCCACAUAAAACCAAUGAUUCUGGAAGAGUAGAAGAAGCUCUGAGAUCACCUUCACAAAUAUCUUCGUCGAAUGUGGACCUAUCACCAAAAGACAGAAGUCCCAGAGCUCAUUGUGAUGCCCUCCUAAAAAGUGAUGCUUUGGGCUCUGAUGCAAUAGAUACGGUUCAAAUGGCUGCUGCAUUGGAAAGACAUGAUUCUGAUCAUGAAUCUCUGGAUGGAAUCAGUGUCAAAGAAAUUGAGGGUGAAACUCUUCUUGAAAGGUUAAAACGACAGGUUGACUAUGACAGGAGAUGCAUGAAAGCUAUGUUUAAGGAAUUGGAAGAAGAAAGAAAUGCUGCUGCAAUAGCUGCAAACCAGGCAAUGGCCAUGAUCACAAGAUUGCAAGAGGAAAAGGCAGCACUACAUAUGGAAGCCUUGCAGUACUUAAGAAUGAUGGAGGAGCAGGCAGAAUAUGAUAUGGAGGCACUGGAAAAGGCUAAUGAUCUUCUUGCUGAAAGAGAGAAAGAGGUGCAAGAUUUGGAAGCUGAAGUAGAGAUAUAUAGGAAUAAUAUUUUAGAAGGACCUGAGAUAGAUUAUCACUGUAAUGAAACCAGCAAUGCUAAAGCAGAAAGCAAGACAGGUGAGAAAUAUCAUCUGCUUCCCGUUGAAAAUGGCGACAUUGCCACUGAUGAUUCAAAAUCUGACAAUGCAUUGAAAGGAAGUGAUAAACCUAGACAGUUAAGUAACUCAGAGCUGGAUUUUGAGGAUGAAAAACUAUAUAUUUCGCUGUGUCUGGAAAAGUUAGAGAAGAAGUUUCAUCAUAUUUCUAGUAAUUGGGUGCAUAUAAACUUGGCAAAUGGCGAAUUUGCUGAACAUGCAACCAAAAGGGUUGAGGAUGAUGAGAAGCUGCCUUAUGAUACUCAAACUCAGAUAAGCCAUCAAAAAGGAGAGUGUGCAUUGUCAUUGCAUAAUGAUUUGUGUGCACCAAAUGGAAUCUCUGGGGGGGAUGUGUCUGCUAAAUUAGUUCAAGAAAAUCAACUUCUUUGUGAAGAAAGUGAUUAUCUGGAUGUUAGCCAGGAAAAUUUAUCCACAAAUGGAGGUGUAAGAAAAUUAGAUACCUUUGAGAGUGAAUUUAUUGACCUUAAAAGCAGGUUGGAAGCACUUGAGAUGGACCGGGAUAUUAUCAAGCAUGCUUUGAACUCACUCCGGAAUGGGAAUGAUGGAUUGCAGUUUAUUCAGGAGAUAGCUUAUCAAUUACAAGAACUACGUAAAAUUGAGUUCAAGAAAAGGUGCCUAUCCAUCCCUUGAGGUUGCUAUGCCCCACUUGCGAAAUGCAUGCAGAAUUGCAGGAGCUGGACAGAGAAACAUGAUCAGUAUCAUUGCUGGAAUCCGUGACAUACAGGAUUUCAGUUGCAUUCUGGUUGUCUGCCAUAAACACAAGGUUUGUUCAAAAGUGCCAAACUAAAUUUUUAUUAAAGCGAGGGAUAGCUGGGAUCAGGAAUGUCUUAUUUGAACGAAUGCAAAUCCCCAACUGCAAUUUUGUUUUGUUUUUCCUGAAAUCUGGAUAAAGCUUUGUUUUCCACGUUGAGCUGAAUCGAAGUGUGAGUUUAGCAGGUUAAUCAUGUCUUUGAUUUUAGAAAAUUUUGUUGGGAUCUAUGUAAAGAGAAUUUGGAUAUUGAUCAAUUUUACUGUGUAUAUGGUUUUAAUUGCCUCCCAAAGUUCGGGCACUAUGUAAAUGCGGAAAAGUCCUCGGAGUAGUUUUGAAGUCGGGCUGAUUCAUUCAAUGCACAUUGUGUUGGUUUCUCCA